AUGUCUACAGCAACAGGUCAACCAGGUGCAGCAACAACUACAACAGCAGCGGCUCCCUCGCUCCCAGGAAUGAUGAUGAUGGACCCUAGCGACCCAUCGAUGCAACUUUUCAAUCCGUCCGAGCAACGCUACUUUUCAGAAUUCCUCGACACCCUGGUCGUCGACCAGGAUUUCACCUUUGACCCGAGCGCGAUACCCAACCUGCCCAACCUGCCCCUGUUCUCUCAGGAUGUUGUUAUGCCCGGUGGAUUUAAUAUGGAUGUCAAUGCACCUUUUCGGAUGCCUUCAUUACCUGGCGGGGUGCCGCAGCAACAACAGCAGGCGCCACAGCUUCCUUCGCAACAGACCCCCAUGGACUAUGAUAUGAGCAACCCCACCGCAUUUAAUGACAAGCAGCAGGCAUCUGUAUAUACCCAACAUCCUAUUUCCGUCCCUGCCAAACGUUCAAAGACCAACAAAGGUGGUCCCUCUACCUCCUCUUCUAUCGACAAUCCUGCUCGCAGAGGCACCCCUUCCUCUUCAAGACCCUCCUCUCUCGAUGCACAUGCCUCUGUGCAGGACCCUACCGGUACCAGGAUAGCGACACCAAUCCAACAACUGUCCAAGCUCUCCCUCAACCAGUCUGUGGCAGCGGCGGCAGCAGCAGCAGUGACCACAUCUUCGACCAAAGCCAAAAAGAACAAGCGCGAGGAGGACGAUCCCGCUGGAAGCAGCAACAAUAGCCAACGCUCGCCAACGGCUCGCUCACAACCUUAUAAUUCUCAACAGUCGACUCACCAACAACGCCGACAACAGAAGGAGGGCAGCCGUGACCGGAAUACAUCCAUGUCGGAUGACGAUGCCGAUGGCGGCUCUGACUCAACUGCUGCUCCUAUGGCCUCGACCUCGGCCUCUACUGGCGCUGGCGUUCCGGCUGCUAUGACGCCGAAGCGCAAACCUUACAAGGAGCUCUUGACGGAGGAAGAGAAGCGGGCAAACCAUAUUGCAUCUGAGCAGAAACGACGCAACACCAUCCGCAACGGGUUCAAGGACAUGACCGACAUCAUCCCGGACCUCAAGGACGUUAACAGUUCUAAGUCGACCAUUUUGUUCAAGGCUGUCGACUUUAUCAAGCAUCUCGAACGAAGGAAUCGUAUCCUGCAGGAGAAGGCGACUUUGCUCGAGUCUAGAUUGCUCAUGCAGAAGGGUGUUGGACACCCACAGAUUCAGUCUCAGGCACAGGCUCAUCAACAACAGCAACAUCACCAUAACCAGGCUCACGCACAACAGCAACUUUCCUCUCCCUAUCGGACAUCCCAAUACGACCACUCCCCCCACCAACAAUCCCAACAGCAGCCUCAACACACACAGCAACAUCAUCAUCAACAACAGCACUCGCAUUAUAACCAGCAGCAGCACCGUAACCAACAACAACAACAACCAUCAUACCAUACCUCGGGUCUUGAGGACAAGCGGCUACAGGAGAUCCCCAACAUUUACCCUGUCUCCAUGAGUCGAUAG